CUCUCUCUCUCUCUCUCUCUCACACACACACACACACACACACACUCGGAGAAGAUUUACGUCGAGAGAUAGAGAGAAGGCUAAGAAGAGUACAGAGAGGAGAAAUAAAACAACAAUUGAAGGAAGAGAAAGAGGAAAAAAAGGAGAAAAAUAAUCAGCAAGAAAAGAAGAAAGGAAUGGAAUGCUUGUGGUUGAGAGCGAAAGAGGAAGAGAAGAAAUGAAUAAAUAAGAAAGCAGAAAUAGAGAAAAUAAUACUAGAGAGAUAGGCAGCGAGAAUCAUGGAUUAUAGGAAACAUACAAAGGUUAGAGGAAUUCUAAUGGUUAAGAGGGUUUGGACACGCUAUGAUGUCACACGCAGGACUGAUAACGGAUAAACAACCAAAGCAACAGAGUGGCUGCCCAGAUAGUGUUUGUAUGCUUGGUAUUAUUUUUUUUGUGUGUGUGCAUGGGUGUGUGGGUGUUCCCAGCUUCCUGUGGGCAAACGUUUUUAAGAUAGUGUGUUAUGGACUUUCCCGCCGCGUAUAUGUGAUUGUGUGUGUGUGUGUGUGUGUGUGUGUGUGUGUGUGUGUGUGUGUGUGUGUGUGUGUGUGUGUGUGUGUGUGUGUGUGUGUGUGUGUGUGUGUGUGUGUGUGUGUGUGUGUGUGUGUGUGUGUGUGUGUGUAAUUCACCACGGCCUGAUCACGAGUUGGACUCGCUUUCGCCAGCAGGUACCCUCCCGACACCAGCAAGUGCAUGCUCAUUAUCGUCAAUCUCUGGGUACUGCCAGGACCUCACACACCACACACCCCAUCCCCCUUGCUCAAGGGGGGACAGUAACCAUUUCUAAUCAACGGAAAGAAUCCGGCCUGAGCGGGGCUCGAACCGCCGCCUGCUUGGCCGUGAAGCCUUGCAGCGCGGUGCUGUAGCCGAUUGAGCUACAUGAGUGCAGUGUGUGUGUGUGUGUGUGUGUGUGUGUGUGUGUGUGUGUGUGUGUGUGUGUGUGUGUGUGUGUGUGUGUGUGUGUGUGUGUGUGUGUGUGUGUGUGUGUGUGUGUGUGUGUGUGUGUGUGUGUGUGUGUGUGUGUGUGUGUGUGUGAUUCUGAUUAAAUAAAAGAGAUCGUUUAGGAAAGCAAAAGUAUUACAUAAAUCGUAUAAAACUCCAGAAAGAGAAAGUUUUGAACACGAAAGAAUAUCACUGGACUGUCUGAGCCUCUGAGGGGAGAGGAUCGAGUAUACGAGUAAGGACUGAAUUGUGAAUAAUAAGGUCAAGCAAGGAGGGGAAGGAUUGGGUAAAGAUAAAAAAAGGGUUGAAUUUUGCAUAAGAUCAUGAGAGAAGAAUAAAGAGAAUCGGAAGAAGAUAUAAAAGGAUUAACCUGUGCAUAAGAUUAAAAGAGAAGGAUAAGGAAAACAUUCUGAAGAUAUAAGGGAUUGAAUUGUACAUAAGAUCAGGAGAAAAGGAUAAGAAGAAUUUGACGGAAAUAUAAAAGGAUUGAAUCGUACAUAAGGUCACGCGGGGAAGAAGAUUGUGUGAAAAUAUGCCGGCUACAAACACACCUUUAAUCACACGAGUCAUCCCUGGCAGCAUAGAAAAUGGGCUUGAGGUGAGAGUGGGAGCAGUCGGGCACCAUUGGGUUCGCGUGGAGUGGGGCGAGGAAGGCCUGGAAGAGGAAGGAACAGAAAAAGGGGGACUGCAGACUGAUGUGGCCCAACCCCCUUCACGGCCCUCAAGCGCUGGGGAAGGCGAGGGAGUGAGCGAUGCCUACGAAGACUACCUCGCCCUCGCUUAUGCUAAAGAGACCGAACAAGACCAGUACCCACAAGAUGAAGACGGCCUGGAUGACGGACCGAUGGAGGAGGAGGUUGACCGCACGGAGGUGUUCACGGACAAGCCGAUGAGGGUGGUCACUGUGCAGCUGAUGAGGCCGAGGACAGGCUGGACGACCAUCUAUAGGGGUGGGGGUGGAGGGUGCCUGGUGGACGGCCUCUCUCCAGCCCAAGAGGUCAAGGUCAGAGUGCUGGUGACCCAAGAUGACCUGACCUCUCCUUGGACACACCUCACCGCCAACACGAAGUGCCUUCCAGUGAGCGGUCAAGACUUGGUGGAGGCCGUGAAGGAAAACAACGCCACUUCAGUCAGAGACGUUCUUACUGACCUCAUUCGCUUCUCUCAGGUGGAGCGUGUGGACAGCGUGGUGGAGGGCGGGCACACCUCCCUGGUGGCCGGGGUGGCGGCGGGGGCCCGGGACGCCCUGGCCGUGCUGCUGGAGAGGCGGGCGGCCGUGGCGGCCUCCACGGCGGGGCCGCACCUCACGCCCCUGGCCAUGGCGGCGUGGCAGGGGCGCGUGGACUUUGCCAGGCGGCUCAAGACGGCGGGGGCGGACUGGAACCUGCCCGACAGGAACGGCUUCACCGCUCUGCACUACGCCGUGGCCGGGGGUCGCGUGGAGAUGGUGAAGGCGGCGCUGCAGGAAGGGGCCGACCCCAAGCUGCCCGCCGCCUCCCAGCCCAUCCUUACCCUCGCCCUCACUGCCCUGGCCGGCGGUGGUGGUGGUGGUGGCGGUGCUGGUGGUGGCGGUGCUGGUGGAGGAGGAGGAGGAGGACCACGAGAACGAGAAGGACAUGAAGGAGACGAUGAAGACAAGAAGAACGAAGGAGAAGAAGAGGAGGAAGAAGAGGAGGAGGAAGAGGAAGAGGAGGAGGAGGAUGUGGUGACUCGUAUGGUGGAGGUGCUCUUGGAGGGAGGGGCGGAGGUAAACCAGAGAGGAGGAAGAGGAAACACUCCCCUCCAUGCCUCCCUCAGCCUCGGUCUCGCCCCACUGGCCCGCCGACUGGUUGCCGCCGGUGCCGACCCUCACGUGGCCAACGGUCGCGGGUACACGCCCACGCACAUGGCGCUCCUGACGCGGCACUCCCUGGACACGGCCACGCCCAGGGACGAGGAUAAGCCGGCUAUGGGGGAGCUCGAGGCCCUAGCGAACCUGGCGGAGGAUUAGAUACAGUGUUACUAGUGUUAAGUCAAUUAUCUCCCAACAAUCAAUCGAUGGAGGCAUACGCCUGGAGAUGCGUCCCCUCGCCCACCGCACGACGCCAAAACCGGGGGUCCCUCCGGGCAUGUGUCCAUGCAGGCCCUAUACCAAGUACCUCGCGGCAGGAUCUAUCGACUUGCUCGAGCCACGAACUUUGUGGGCGUCCCCUUGCCUUCAUUCAAGGUUAUGUCUUACAGAUCGAGGCAACCCGAUGAGCAGGUCGGCUUCUGCGCGCCACGUGCCUCUACAGCCUGAAUUGACGUUAACAGACGAUGCAGGUAAUAGGCCUUCAAUCAGUUUCACGGAGUAGGAAUUGAUCGCCGUUUGACACAGUCAUUCAAGCGAUAUCCCAUGAUUAUAUGCAGGCACUUAUUACCAAAGACAUCAAUCCAUUUCUCCACGUCACUAUAUAUUCGAUUUCCAUGCUGAGCGCGGAUGACACUUAUCAUAUAUCCCGUAUUGAAUAAGAGAGAGAAAAAAAGGAUUUUAAUUCCCCAUGUAUUAGCCUUAUAUUAACAAAAACAUCUGCGUGAUGCUAUGAUAAGAUAGAUAGAUAAGUAUAUGGAGAUAGGCAGGUAUAGAUAGUGAGGGGGGAGAGAGUGAAGGAGGGAAAGAGAGACAAAGGAAGGGACACCAAUAAAAAAAUAUAAAAAAGUCGCAGGUUUCCUCAAGUCUCCUCAGUGACCUUUCACCGCUGAAAUAAAGUCGCAGGUUCUUCGGGCCUCCUCAGUGACCUUUCCUCGACUUGCGUACACGACCCCCACGACCUUUUUCCUAGCUCCUCGUCUAAGUGCUGCCCCCUCCUCCUCCUCCGCCGCCAGCUUCCAUAACCCUUUCUCUUACUGCUGCAGGUAUUUUCCUUUCUCUUUAUAUCCCCUUCCUCCUUCUCCUCCUCAUCAUCAUCAUCGGCAUUCAUGUUCCUCAUCUUUCUCAUCUUUUUUCGCACCCUCUUCUUCUCCUCUAACCUAUACAUCCUUUUCCUCCUCUCUCUCGUACUUUUUUCUCAUCCUUUUCCUCCCCUUUCUCCUUCUCUACAUCCUUUUAAUUCCUUCUCCUCCUCCACUUUCUCCUCUUCCUCUUCCUCUAGUCUAUACAUCUUUUUUCACCUUAAAUUCUCCUCCUCUUUCUCUUCCUUCUCAUCAUGCAUUCUUUUUCCUCCUCCUCCUUUUCUUUCUCUUCUUCAAUCCUUUGUCUCCU